UGAACAUGAAGCCAAUCUAGCUUUUGACUUCCUGUCUCAAGCAAUAUGACAGGCGAAUAUUGUACUACUGCAACUUUUUUUAGCAUCUUUGAGGCAGGAUUUCCUGAUAACUGAAAUUCAAAAGAAGAGAACAACUAGAGUUUCCUCAUUUAGGCUACAUGUUGAGUAACUUGUGCUGUAGAGUUGACCCUCCACAAAAUAUUUAGCAUUCUUAUGAGUGAUGGAGGAAAUCUAUGUAAAUGUUGAAUAUGACAAAUCUGUUGACUCAAAGCCAUCACAAAAUCAGACAGGUCCCAGGAGCUCACAGAGAAGAUUUCAAGGAGCUGUUCUCUCUCUGGGGCUGCUGAGUGUUUUCCUGCUGGCUGGGCUCAUCUACCUUGGUGUCCACUACCAUUAUUCAGCCGCAAAACUCUCCACUAUCAAAGACAAACUCACGGAGCGUCUCCAGACCAGUAAUACCAAGCUUUCUUCCCUGAUGGAAGAGAAAGACCUGCUGAAUGACAGCCUCGUUGAAAUGACUAAAGAGUUGGAAAGGCUUCAGGGUUUGUCCAAACGGAAGAAAACCUGUCCUGAAGGAUGGAGGAUAUCCUGUGGUACCUGUUAUUUACGCUCUGAUAAGUCUGGUUCUUGGGAUAAAGGCAGAGAGGACUGUAAAGGCAAAGGAGGAGAUCUGGUGGUGAUAGACAGCACUGAAGAACAGCUCUUGUAG